AUGGCGGAUCGCUUUGCGGCAUUGGCCGGCUACGAUGCCGGCUCCAACUACGACUCGACAAUAGAGCAGAGUCUUGCUGCAGCGGCUAGAGAUGAUCUGCCGGGCCUCGAAACAGUAGCCAGCAUCAACCUUGACCUUCCGCCCGCCAAGCCUCUCAACAGCACCUUUGGCAGAUCCAAAAAGCCCAGCGCUGCGACGGAGCGUGCCAGGAGAAUCACUUCCGGCCCGAUCGAUCUCGGCACAGGACGUGCCCGGACCCCUCCUCCUCCUCAUGCAAACGACACCUCGCGCACGUCCUCCAACAAGGAGAAUGCGCGUCAAGAUGAGCCUCCCUCUACACAGCGCAAGCAGGAGCAGCGAAGACACUACGGCGUGCGCAUCGCCGACGACGACACCUUUGAGGAGCUCGAAGACAGUCUGCAGAAGGGACACCAGCAGCAGAGCGAGCUCCAACGCAUGCAACAGGACAUCUCGCAGGGCGGUGACUCUCUCCUCGCCGCAUCUCCAGGCAACGAUUCGGGUCAAUGGGGUGCUCGUGCCAUGCGUCGCCGGUCAGCAGCAGGAGUGUCGAUGAAGUCGGCGCAAGAGAGGAUCAACAAUCUCACCCAAGAACGCGACGAGCUCAAGAUCGUCGUCGAUCUGUUGCGCGAGAAGGUCUCGCUAGACGAUCGACUAGCCGAGCUCAUCGUCCUCAAGAAAGAGAAGCUCUCCUACACCAACAAGAUGAUCGCCCAACAAGCCAUGCUCAAACAGCAGGAUCGUGCCAUCAAAGUGUUGCAAAAGGAACAGCAGCAAUGGAAGGGUACGACUCCGACCGACUACGAGCAGCGGAUCGCAGACCUCCAGGCAAAGCUGCUUGCCGCCAACAAUAAAGCCGAGGAAGAGAGACAAGAGAAGAUCCGUCUCGAGGACGAGCUCGACUUUGUCAAGCGAAGAGGGCCGCCACCGGGCGACGCAAGUCGUGGCGAUGAGACCUCGGCAACAUCGCUCGGCGACUCGACCCGCUUGCGGAAGCGCAUCGAUGCGCUUCGCGACGAGCACGAGGACGAAAAGUACGAGCUGCGCCGGGAACGCGACGAGGUGCAAGAGCAGCUCGAACAGGCUCGCGAUGAGAUCGAGCAUCUUCGCUCCCAACAAGGGCGCGACUCUUCGCCGAAUGGAUCUAUGCAUCACCAGCGCAACAUCGAUGACCUCGAGCAGCAGCUUACCGCCCACAAGACCGAGAACGCCAAGAUGCUCGAGCGUCACGCCCAGCUCGUUGCCGAUAUCGAACAGCACAAGGACGAGGUGUACGAGCUGCGUUCGUCCGAGGAGGCGCUGCAGAGGGAGCUCGAUGUGGCCAACCAGAGACUCGAGCAUGCCAACAUCACGCAGGAAGAUGAGGCAGUACGCUUUGUCGAAGCCGAGCGUCUGGCCGCCGACCGAUACCAGGACCAGAUCGACAAGCUGCGCGACGAGCUUGCCUCUGCGCAAUUGCAGAUCGACGGCAAGGAGGCUGAGCUCGAAAAGCUGGAUGCAGAACUGCAGGACCUCACCGCCAAGGUGGCCGAUCUCGAAUACGAGUUGCGACAAGCAGAGCAGCUGCUCGAGGAGCAAAAGGUCCAGCUGGAAGGCGUCGAAGCCGAAGCGGACGAGCUCGACCGACAAGUGCAGACCUUCAAGCAGGAGGCGGACGAGCUACGUGCUGAGGCUGACGAGCUGCACCGCGAGCUCGAAGCCAAGGACGCCGAUCUGGCCGAGACCAACAAGGAGAUGCAAGAGAUGUCGAACCGCAUGUUUGGGCUCGAGGAAGAGCUCGAGGCGCGCGCCGACGAGAUCAAGCAGCUGGACGAGGAGAUCGCCAAGGUCGAAGAGGUGUUGCAGCAAACCAACGAGAAGCACGAGCGUCACACCACUGUGCUCAAAGAGAAGCUCGUCGCGACGACACAGGACCUGACAGGAGCACAAGCGCAGCUGGAAGCGACGUUGGGCGAGCUUGAAGCGAUGCGCGAGGAGGCGGAUUCGUACGCACGCGAAGCAGAGCAACUUGCGGCGGAACGGGCACGGCUGGAAGAGAUCAAUGCCAAGCUCGACGCUAAGGUCUCGGAUGUGGUCGAGGAUCUCAAAGCCGAAGAGCGAGCGCUGGACGACGCCCACGCAGAGUGGGAACGCAAGCUCGAAGAGACCGAGUCGCGCAUGGCACGCGUCGUGCGCGACAAGGACGAAGCCAUUGUUGCGCUCGAAAAGGAGCUCAACCAGAUGGAAGACGACCUGGCCAUGCGCAAGUCCGACGUCCAGACGCUGCAAGACGCGCUCCGAUCCAAAGAGAACGAGUCGUUCCGAAUGGGUCAGAGCUCGGCCAACGACAAGUACAGUCUCGAGCUCGAAAUCGAUCGUCUCAAACGCGACCUCUCGCGAUGCGAGGACGACCUGGCGCGAGCACGCAAAGACCUCGAUCGCAAGGACGACGCGCUUCGACAGAAGGAGGACACGCUGGCGCAGGUGCACUCGGAGCUGAGGGAGGUGCAAGCCAAGCUGGCGAGCGAGAUGCAGUCGCGCCUUGGCCUGUCGGAGCGAUUCGAGGCGCAGCAGGCGGCGGUGCAGGCGGAGCGCAAGGAGCUCGAAUCUGCCCGGGCCAAGAUGGAGGAGCUGGAGCACGAGCUCAACGCCGGCGAGCGAGCGACGCUGCGAACCGAGCAAGCCUCCCGCGAUGCCUUGAGCCAACGCAACGCUCUGCUGCUCACCAUCUAUCAGCAGAUGGGCAAGAUCCUCGCCUCGUCCACCGCGGACGGCAACUCGACGCCACGCAAGCGCGAAGCGGAACUCAAGCCGUUUACCAACUUUGACGUCUUCCACUCGUCGCUCCUCUCGCGUCUGCGCCGGGUGUUCGAUACGCAGCUCGGUGUGGACCAAAAGGUCAAGGAGCUCGAAGCGAAGCUCAUGGAGAAGUAUACGGCGCUCAAACGGCAGCAGGACUCACGUUUCCGCCAGAUCGAUCGGUUCGAAGCGUCGAUCAAGGUGGCCGCGGACAAGCAGGGGCAGUGGCGACAGCGAUUGGUGUCGAAACAAUCCGAGCUGGACGCGGUCAAGGCGACCAAUGCCGAGCUGCUCUCGCAGAUCUCGUCGCUCAAGACGCGCAAUUCGCUCUCGACACCGGGGGACAACAACAAGCUCACGACGCUCACCACGAGGGCCAACACGGCGGAGCGUCGGCUGGCGACAGCACUGACACAGGUGAGUCAGGCCGAGGACCGGUUGGCGGAAGCCAAGGUCAAGUACGGCGAGGGGGAGGGCAAGUGGGCGGCACGCAUCAAGGAGCUGGAGCUGCGGUGCAAGGCGGCCGAGGAGCGGGUCAAGAGGGAGAGGCAGGGGGCCAAGGAGAGGGUGGCCGAGCUGGAGGAGAUCAGGCGGAAGUUGGAGAAGGAUCUGGAGGCGGCGACCAAGCGCAACCGAUUGGUGGGCGACCUGCAGGCGAAUGUGCGCGGCAUCAGUUAG